UGAGUGUGAGCUCCGGUAACAGAUGGCGGUUGUGGGGAACAGCACCUACAGUACAAGUCUGACGGGGUGGAGACACUAAUGGGGGAGAGCGGACAGGCUAUCAGAGUUGUUUGCCUGAUGAGAAACCAGGAGAAGGCCUCGCCUAUCUAACCUCAUUAAGACUUUUUUUGCACACAGUGUUGGAUUUCUCUCUCUCUCUCUCUUUUUUUUAACCGUGGUUGUCUACUGAAGGCCGCAGAAGCCUCGGGCUAGAUUAGGCGAAACAUCGAACCGAGUGCAAAGGACAUCUGUGGGAUUGUUUGGAAAGUCUCAUAAAAUGUAUUCGCUAGAAUUUGGCGGUUUGAAGUCGUAACAUAUUUAUUUUUGUGGCCUCGGUGGUAUUAAAAUAACAGCAAAAGGUGGAAAUGAAUGUGUAACUUACUAGAAAAAAGUUAAGGAGACAGGCUAACUAGUUAGCUAGCUUGCUAAAAUGCUAGUUAGCUACCUAGCAGUGAAACUCUAGCAUAAUGAAUGAAUGAACGAAUUGACGACCACCUGCAUUUUAACCAACAACUGCUUGUUGUUGUUGUUGCAAGGACACGUCGAAUACUAAACAAGACAACGCCGUUUUUAUAUAACAUAGUAAGCCUUUGGGGCGAACUCAUGUGUGACUGUUGAUAUCUGCAGACCCACAAAUGGACAGGAAUGCGAUUCCUUGGAGUUGGUGGACAGCGGCGAUCUAGCACGCAAAGAUAGUGUUGUGCUAACAGUGACUAUAGCCUGGUAAUGUUUAAGAGGCUGGGUGCAGCUAACUUCAGCUAGCUACAAAUAUUUGCACUACUUGGACUUAACUGCAAUAGCGUUAAGCAUACACCCGGUUUGGGAUGGGCAACACGGUGUCAUGCUGCGUCUCUCCCGAGUCGAGCCCCAAACUACCUUCGAGACAACCGGCAGAGCGGCUGGAGGAGCUCCAGACCAGCACUGAAGUGAGCGACGAUAACACCGCGCCCUACCUGCAACAUAUAAGCGACAGAGAAGUCCCUGACGAGCUGGCCUUGGAGUCGAACCCGUCGGACCACGCCCGAGCAAGUACCAUCUUCCUCAGCAAGUCCCAGACAGACGUACGAGACAAGAGGAAAAGUAACCACAUAAACCAUAUCAGUCAUGUAUCCCCUGGUCCACUGUCAAAGAAAUACAGCUCCUGUUCCACCAUCUUCAUAGACGACAGCACCGUCAGCCAGCCCAACCUCAAAAGCACAAUUAAAUGUGUCACUUUAGCAAUAUACUACCACAUCAAAAACAGGGACUCGGACAGGUCAUUGGACAUCUUUGAUGAGAAGUUGCACCCCUUAUCAAGAGAGCCAGUGCCAGAUGACUACUCCCGCGUAGACCCAGAACACAAACUGAUCUACCGCUUCGUCAGAACACUCUUCAGUGCUGCACAGCUCACUGCAGAAUGUGCCAUUGUCACUCUUGUGUACUUGGAGCGCCUGCUGACCUACGCUGAGCUGGAUAUCUGCCCCGCCAACUGGAAGCGCAUCGUCCUGGGAGCCAUCCUGCUGGCCUCCAAAGUCUGGGACGACCAGGCCGUCUGGAAUGUCGACUACUGCCAGAUCCUAAAAGACAUCACUGUGGAGGACAUGAAUGAGAUGGAGCGCCACUUCCUGGAGCUUCUCCAGUUCAAUAUCAACGUGCCAGCCAGUGUGUAUGCCAAGUACUACUUUGAUCUGCGGCAGCUGGCUGAUGACAACAACCUCAGCUUUCCUCUGGAGCCUCUCAACAACCAGCGUGCCCAGAAACUAGAGGCCAUUUCAAGACUAUGUGAAGACAAGUACAAAGACCUGAGUCGAGCAGCAAUGAGACGAUCCCUCAGCGCAGACAACCUGAUAGGUAUACGACACUCCAACGCUGUGCUCUCAUAGGCCAGACUGCUGCCAUCUGCCCUCUGACUUCCAAAGCCCAGCUAAUCCACAGCCAGCCCCAGACAAGACACGACCACCACAGAGGGUCAGCAGCACAGCCACAUCAGGCAGGUUUUAGGCUUGAAAUGCUACUGUAUGACCGGCCCCCAAACGGUAAAAUUGUAUUACAGCUGUUACAGCUGCAGGAUUUGUCAAAUGAAACUUGAAAUUGAGAUGUAAACUUUCAAAUGUGACCAUACAACUAUUGUUUUUACAAAAUGCCCUAUUUAUACCUAACCUGUCCCUUAUCUCCAAGAGAAAGUGUCAAAUAGGAACGGUUCUGAUGUAUUUGAUCUUUGAAGAGGGAGUUUGGAUUGUUAAAAAAAAUUUUUUUAGAAGAAAAAAAAAAAGAAUUACUACAUUCAGCAUGAAAGGAUAAGGCUGAUGUUUUUCUAGCUUUUCUCAUUGACAACAAACCCCAUGGAAAGACCAAAACCAACAUCCAACAUCCAACACUGUCACUCUGCCUCUCAGUAUUUUCUGACUUCCUCAAGUUGUUAAAGUUCCUACUGAAGACUUGAAUCUUCAGGUCACACAUGUCAAAUUAAAAUGUCAUAAAACAGAUGCUCACUGUAGCAAAGAUAACCCAGACUGGAGAAUAUGGUUGCAUUUGUUAAAGACAUUUUCAGUGGCAGAUUAAUCCAUAUUUGGUGCUCUAAUGAGUGUUUCUGGCAGCAGGGCGGUGUGCAUGUGGGAUUGAUUUUAAAAAACACUAAUGUGUCCAUAUCCAUGGCAACGAAAGAAGAUAUCAACAAGUAGCUAAUACAAUAUAUGAGUAAAUCAGGGUUGGAUACACAGACAAUACUUGUUAGUAGGAUCAAUUCAUUGUUGGAAGUCGGUCUUUUCAUUGGAUUUGUUGACAAUAACAGAGAUAUAGAAUAUUACCAGACUUACCAUUUCAAUAGACAACAUCACACCAAAUGCAAAAACUGGUCCUUGUAAAUUAGAGUUAAUACCAAACGUUACUUUUGAGAGUGUAAAUCAGACUUGUUUACUGUUAAUAUCUGUGGUGUUGGAUUCUGUUUGAGUAAAAUAUCUUGAUGUUUGGAAUUUGGAUGGAAUAUACAGCAUGUCUCAGAUGAUAAGGUAUUAAAACUUUUGAAUAUUCAACAGAAGUCGGCUGAAGAGUUGCAGAAUGCCAGUCAGCCGUUGUCUGUUGCAGUUUGUCAGGGAAUCAGGAGUGCCAAUCUGAGAUCAGUUUCACUUUUCAGAUACUCUUUAGGUGGUCACAGGAGGCUGAAAUAACAAGAUUGUGGAUCAGUAUUGAUAUUAGAGUGAGGUGAAGAUAAUGUAGGUUCACAUGGUUCAGCCUCAGUAUUGCCCCACAAAUCCUCCUGACCCCACCUAGAAGAGCCUGUGAACAGAUCACUAAAUCCAUGCUGGUCCCAGGCCCCUGACCAGAGCUUUUGAACAAACUACAUAGAUAUUGAGGGGAAAAAAGAGACUGAUGGAUACUCCUCUCCUUUUUGCUUACUAUGUAGGCUACUAGCUGUGAAAUUUAUCUUGUUUUUAAUUGAAAACCAUUUGCAGAUGGAGUAUUUUAAAUAAACACUAAUCAUGUAACAGA